GUAUGGUUGCAGACGCUUGCAUGACAUGCGACUGCAUGUCUAGUUUUGUCCUCAGUGUGUCAAACUUACCACUGCUGCGGUAGAAUCGCCUGCCAGGUGUCUGAACAUGGCUAUCGAAGCUUGGUACAUGGACAGCUGUGAAGAGGACCCGAAGAAGCCUCACAGACUGGAGCCGAACCAGCCCGUGUCUGUGGAGGAGUUAGAGAAGCUGGGAGUGUUUUCAUGGAAGUUGAACGCUGACAUCUAUGAAAACGACCCUGAGCUGGAGCAGAUCAGGAAAGAUCAGGGCUAUUCUUACAUGGACGUUAUCACCAUUCACAGGGACACACUACCGGACUACGAUAAUAAGUUGAAGGUUUUAUAUACGGAGCACCUCCACCUGGACGAUGAGAUCCGCUACAUCCUUGAUGGACACGCCUACUUUGACGUCAGAAACAAACAGGACCGGUGGAUCCGGAUCUUCUUGACCAAGGGUGACCUGAUUACUCUCCCCGCUGGCAUCUACCACCGAUUCACCCCGGAUGAGAUUGAGUACACAAAAGCUAUGAGGCUUUUUGUCGGGGAGCCGGUGUGGAAAGCGUACAACCGACCAGCUGAUGAGUUUGAGAUCCGCCAUAAGUACGUGGCUUCUCUGCAAGGAUCCUGAGAGAGCCAGGCCGAGAGAGCUGCAGCAGAUUUCAUAUGAACACUUGUUUGACACACUAAAAUUAAAGUUUGAUUAUGAGACUCUACAGAGGAAAUGAAGUAGGUAUAUAGUAACAAUGAUGGCAGCCACAUUGAUAAAGUAAAUAUCUUUUAUAGCAGAUGAGCCACUUUAUGUGCAUAGAUUCUGUUUAGUUUUCAAUGAAAUGUUAUACCUUUAAAUUUAGGAGAUUUCAGAUGUGAUAUUUCAGCUGAUGAGCUAAAGUUUCUCCAUUUUCCUUUCAGUUACACCACUUGAUGUCCUUCAAACUAAUAAAUCAGUUUCACUUUAAAUGGCUUUAUUUAAGUUUUACUUGUAGAUGAAUGCACCAUACUAAUAAAAUUUGGUCUAACAUUCAAAA